GAAGGAAAUUAUUGAAAGUAAUAAUUGAUUGAGGGAAAUUGAUUGGAGGAGUAGAGAGAGAAAGAGAAAGAAAGGGGGAAAAAAGGGGUGGAGAAGAAAGAAAGAGAGAGUAUAAAUAUUAAAGGCGGACAGAGGGAGAUGAGAAGGAGGAUAGGAAUACAGAAGAACGGGGUUCAUGUGUAUGAAUUAUCGAUAGCGUCGUGUGUAUAGGCAAAGCAGAAUGUUCAAGAGCAGGAUCUUCCAGGGCGAUCUCAGCCCUGUCCCAAUUCCGGGCAACUUGCAACAGUCCAGCCAGCAAGGUCAGCAAGGCGAACAGGAGUUGGCAACGAAGAUGUUGCAGAUCCAGAGUAAAAGAUUCUAUCUUGAUGUAAAACAGAACAGACGUGGGAGGUUUAUCAAAGUAGCCGAGAUCGGCGCCGAUGGAAGGAGAAGCCAAAUCUACCUGGCACUCAGCACAGCAUCCGAGUUUCGGAAUUACCUUUCGACGUUUAGUGAUUUUUAUGCAUCUUUAGGUCCACCAAACUCGGAAAAUGUGCCAGAUGAUGGGAAACUAAAAUCAGAAGUGAUGACAAAGGAUAACAGGCGGUAUUACUUGGACCUCAAGGAAAAUACUCGCGGCCGUUUCCUGCGGGUGAGUCACCCUGUGUCGCAGACGAUAACACGAGGAGGACCCAGGACGCAGAUCGCGAUACCAGCACAGGGUAUGAUCGAGUUCCGUGACGCGUUGACAGACCUCCUCGAAGAAUACGGUACGGACGAUGGUGGUUUCAAGGGUGACUUACCAGAGGGACGAUACAUGCGCGUGGAUAGCAAGAAUUUCUAUUUUGAUAUCGGCCAGAAUAACCGUGGUAUCUACAUGAGAAUUUCUGAGGUAAAAACACACUUUAGAACAGCAAUCACCGUACCAGAGAAAUCCUGGGAGCGUUUUCGUGAUAUAUUCGCAGAUUAUUGUGAAAGAAUGAGAGAAAGAGGCGCUGGGAGUAACGUCGGCAUGAACAGCGGUGGCGGAGGAAAUGUCUUGCCCGAGGGGAGGGGCUCGGUGGUGGCACAGGUAACACAGAAACCUGCUGGUGUAAAGACCAAAACGGAAAAGCGGCAGGCCGAUCAACGGCAACGCGAGUCUUUGAAACGACGCAAAUCCCUGCCACGCCAAGCAGAACCNNCCACCAUCAAUCCUGAAAAAUCCAUGUCCGCUCCUGCCUCUCAAGUCCCAACAACUACCGAUAUCCCGUUAUCUUCUGGUUCUGCUAUAACUACAUCAAGCACGAGCAAAAGUACGAUGUCCGAAGAGAAUGUUUCUAGCGGUUCUACAGCAUCACAGGAGAUUCAAGGGGUACCGCGCUUAGAAACUGUUCAAGUUUAAAUUUGCGAUGACGUUCUGCAUAAACGCGCAUGCGCAUUUUCAAUGCGUAUGCGCGAGCGAAGGGCGCGAAAGAAACCGAUAAGAGGUGGCGCGAUCCAAUUCAGAACGCACAGCUGGAGUGUAUCGUUUAAUUUGUUAUUUUGUGUUCCGUAUCGUGUAUCGUGUUUCACGCGUAAUUUCGUUUCCCUAUAAACACAGAUUCAUUCAAAUCUUACGGGAAUAGUUCGCUUGUUGAUUAUCGAAGCGUUUAGAUUAACUUCAAACGAACACGGGUUUCGAGUUAACAAAGCGAAUGGUGCAUACAUACAUGUUCUUUGAAAGACUUUUGCCGUUUCAAUGGUAUUUUCAUGAUAAAUUUUUUUUUAUUUUUUGUCAAUCAUCCGUAUGUAAAUUUUAUCAAAUGUUUAUUAUAAAAAAAAAA